AUGGCUUCUACUUCUGGAACUAAGAAGCCUAAAAGGCCUAAGGUCCCUGAGAAGACAUUCCUUCAAGACUCUGACUUCGAUGAUGAAGCAUUUGACUUUGGCUUUUUGGAUUUUUCUAAAGAAACUUUCAAAUCCCCCUCAAAACUAUGUGAUGAUCUUUUUCUUAACUUAUUGUGUGACGAAAAUAUAUUAAGGAGGAGUAUUGAUGGAAUGGUAGCUAAUGAAGACAAUCCUGGUGGCCAACAACAUGAACAUGUCCACUUAGAUGAGGACGAUGAAAAUGUUGGCAUCGAGUAUACGGUGCAUGAUCCCAAUGUUGACUGGAAAGAGAUGAGGCCCCAAUUAGGAGACUGUUAUGAAUCCCCUGCUCAACUCAGGUUUGCUUUAACAAACUAUGCAAUCCAUGGAGGAUACCAGCUUGAUUUUGAAAAAAGUGAUAGAGUGAUGGUUAUAGCUAAGUGUGGUAGUGGAAAAAGUGACAAUAAAAAAAAUGUAGUGUCUCCGUUUAGGGUUGCAACUGGAUUGGAAGUACAAUGA